AUGGCCGUCCCCAUCUCCACCUCCACCUCCUCCACGCUCCCUCUCUUCUUCCUCCAUCGCGGCACCUCAAACCCUAGCCCCGCGGUUCUCUCCUUCCCGUCCUCCCUCCGUGGCGUGUCCCUCCGCUCCCAGGCCGCCGCCGCACCGCCUGCAGAGACCCUUUCUGACGACGGCAUCCCUGACGCGCCACCGGAAGGGGAGGGAACGGGAAUUCCGUUGCCAUCGUCGAUUGGGGAUGAUGGGGAGCAGUUGUUGUAUGGAACUGCUGGAAAAGAAAUUGUUACAAGGCCUUGUGCACAGUUGGGCUCCUCUCAUAGUGAUUCUUUAGAUGUAUCACAAGAGAAAAUAGUGAUAAUAAACAGAUACGGAGAGAAACUUGUUGGUGUUUUGCGUGAAGCUGGAUCUAAGGACCUUGUAGUGUUGUGCCACGGAUUUAGGUCAUCCAAGGAAAGUAGAACUCUGUUAAGUCUUGCUGAUGCAUUGACAUCAGAAAAUAUCAGCAUAUUUCGUUUUGAUUUUUCUGGCAAUGGAGAAAGUGAAGUUAUUAACCUGUCUGGAAGGUUUAAUCUGGAACGUGGAAUUGGAGAUCGUUUUGGAAAUGAUUACAUGGAAAGGAUUAAUCAGCAUGGUUUCAUUGAUGUGGAAGACAAAACAGGAUGUAUCAUCUACCGCGUGACCAAAGAAAGUCUGAUGGAUCGUCUUAAGACAGAUAUGCACUCUGCAUGCUUGUCUAUUGACCCAAACUGCAGGGUGUUGACAGUACAUGGUGCUAAUGAUGAUGUUGUGCCAUCAGAGGAUGCUCUAGAGUUUGAUAAGUAUAUAAGCAACCACGAAUUGCAUAUUAUUGAAAGAGCUAAUCAUAGAUAUGCAUCUCAUCAGCUUGGAUUAGCUGCAAUUCUCGCACCCAAGCAGAAGAUCAGAAUCAAGCUGCGGUCCUACUGGGUGCCGUUGAUAGAGGACUCCUGCAAGAAGAUAAUUGAGGCUGCCAAAACAACCAACGCAAAGACCAUGGGUCCCGUUCCUCUGCCCACUAAGCGGAGAGUCUAUUGUGUGCUGAACUCUCCUCACGUGCACAAGGACUCACGGUUCCAUUUCGAGAUCCGGACUCAUCAGCGGCUGAUUGACAUCAUGUAUCCAACUGCCCAAACAAUUGAUUCAUUGAUGCAACUCCAGCUCCCUGCCGGUGUGGAUGUUGAGGUUAAGCUAUGA